UUUUUUUCCAAUCAACCAUUAUGAAAUUGUAUACAACUAAAACUUCCUUUGUUAUAGAACAAGAUGACUCGACAUUACAAAAGUUAUUCAUCGAUAGAACUACUGGAGCCAUUCAACUUACUGACUCUAUACCAAAUGUAAAGGAUCAGUUAGCCACAUCUCUUAUCUAUGGUAUUGUUGGUUUUAUUCAACUUCAUGCAGGUGAAUAUCUGAUUGUCGUUACUGGACGUGAAAGUGUGGGUGCUCUCAAUGGCAAACAGGUUUAUCGAGCAACUUCCUUUGAAAUCAUUCCUCUAGCUCAUGGUCUCGCCAACUUGACUACUCAACAGAAAAGUGAUGAAAGUGCCUAUGUGGACUUGUUGCAGCAACAUUUACAAUCAGGCAGCCUUUAUUAUUCACCAACUUUUGAUGUCACCAACUGUUUACAACGACAGGCUCAAUCGAAUGGAAUGGAACCUAUUUGGAAACGAGCUGAUGAACGAUUCUUUUGGAAUAAAUUUAUCUCUACAAAAUUGAUCCAAGCUUCAAAUCAACAGUCCAAGUUUGGUGAUUUUAUACUCCCUCUUUUACAAGGAUUUAUCGAACUCAGUGUCUCUCGUGUCAACAAUGAAACAUUUAUAUUAGCCCUUAUCACUCGCCGUAGCCGUCAUCGUCCAGGCACUCGUUUCUUUUCCCGUGGUAUUGAUGCUCAUGGUCAUGUCUCUAAUUAUGUUGAAACUGAACAACUAGUUAUCUAUGAUGGUCCUAAUGCAAAACUUCCCUUGACUGGGAAACAACAACUUUCCUAUGUUCAAACUCGCGGUUCUGUUCCUAUUUACUGGGCUCAAAUCAUUAAUCUCAAGUAUACUCCUCGUCUUUGGGUGGGUGAUGCCAAGAAGAGUGCUUCUGCUGCACGAGCUCAUUUUGAUGAACAAAUCUCGAUCUAUGGAUCUCAAAUCUUGGUCAAUCUUGUCAAUACUAAAGGAUAUGAAGUACCUGUGGGUCAAGCAUAUGCCAACAUUGUCAAACAAUUGAAUGAUCCUCGUCUGCAUUAUACCCAUUUUGAUUUCCACAAGGAAUGUAGUAAGAUGCGCUGGCAUCGAAUUCAAUUAUUGGUUGAAGAAUUGAGAGAUCGAUUGAUUGAUCAAGGGUAUUAUCAUUAUAAUUCAAUGGAUGGAACCACCAAGAAACAAACAUCUGUCGUCAGAACAAAUUGUAUGGAUUGUUUAGAUCGUACCAAUGUUGUUCAAAGUACUUUGGCAAAAUGGAUGUUAACUCGACAAUUGCGUGAAUUGAAUAUUUUGGCUGAAAACGAAGAAUUGAACAAUUCAUCUCCUUUCAUGGCAAAAUACAGAGGAGUAUGGGCUGACAAUGCUGACCGUGUCAGUUGUAUGUAUUCAGGUACUGGAGCUCUCAAGACUGAUUUCACCAGAACUGGUCAACGUACUAAAGCUGGUGCUCUUCAAGAUUUAUCAAACUCGAUUACCCGUUAUGUCAAGAACAACUUUUUGGAUGGUAGCCGUCAAGAUGGAUAUGAUUUAUUUUUGGGAAAUUACAGUGUAGACAAAACGUCAGCACCUUUUUCUGAAGAAAAACCUUUACGUGUGCGUGCCGUACCUCCUAUUGUGAUAUUUGCAUUGAUCAUGUUGUUCUUACACCUGUUGCGACCUGCCAUGUUUGGAAGUCAUUCCACCAUGACUUAUUUGACAAUUCUUAUGUUCUGGUUAUCUGUAUUGGUGUCUGCAAUUAAGUUUGCUUUACGUCAUAGUGAUCAAUUCGUAGCCUUACCUCAUUUAUCUAUUGCGCCGCAGCCAAAUGAUGAAGCUGGAUCCACCACUCCUCCUAUGACAUCCUUUACUACUGAAAAGCUCUCCAAUCCUUCCGUACUCUAGUUUAUUCAUUUAUAUAUAUAUUGAUUAUAUAAUUAUUCACUAUUUGUAUCCUAUUCUUCUCUUUCUCUCUCUUUCUCUCUCUCUCUCUCUCACGCACACACACACUUUUUUUGAGUAAAAAAUAGAUAAUAUUCUUUUAAUAAAAU